CGUGGCAGGGGCCGGGCCGGGGAAGCGGAGGAGGCGGGUCUCCAUAGAAACCUCCACCUGUUUCCGGCCAGGCUGUGUGCGAUUAGGGGCUGUUACCGGGGCCAAUCUCAGCCAGCUCGCCUUUUCCCGGCGGCCUCUGCGGGAGCGGUGGGUGUUGUACACAAUCAUCAUGGCGGCGGCCGGAGCCCCGGAUGGCAUGGAGGAACCUGGCAUGGACACGGAGGCCGAGACCGUGGCGACCGAGGGGCCCGCGCGGCCCCUCAACUGCUUGGAGGCCGAAGCCGCGGCGGGGGCGGCGGCCGAGGACUCCUGCGCCGCGCGAGGCAGUCUGCAGCCUGCCCCGGCCCAACCCCCUGGGGACUUCGCGGCCCAGGCCUCGGUCAGCAACGGCGAGGACGCGGGCGGCGGCGCGGGCAGGGAGCUGGUGGACCUGAAGAUCAUCUGGAACAAGACUAAGCACGACGUGAAGUUUCCCCUGGAUAGCACAGGCUCCGAGCUAAAACAGAAGAUUCACUCGAUUACAGGUCUCCCGCCUGCCAUGCAGAAAGUCAUGUAUAAGGGACUUGUCCCUGAGGAUAAGACGUUGAGAGAAAUAAAAGUCACCAGUGGAGCCAAGAUCAUGGUGGUUGGCUCCACGAUAAAUGAUGUUUUAGCAGUAAACACACCCAAAGAUGCUGCCCAGCAGGACGCAAAGGCCGAAGAGAACAAGAAAGAGCCUCUCUGCAGGCAGAAACAACACAGGAAAGUGUUGGAUAAAGGAAAACCUGAAGAUGUGAUGCCGUCUGUUAAGGGCACCCAGGAGCGCCUGCCAGCUGUACCCUUAUCUGGCAUGUACAAUAAGUCCGGGGGAAAAGUGAGACUUACCUUUAAGCUAGAACAAGACCAGCUGUGGAUCGGCACUAAAGAGCGGACUGAGAAAUUGCCCAUGGGUUCCAUUAAAAAUGUGGUCAGUGAACCUAUCGAAGGACACGAAGACUACCACAUGAUGGCGUUUCAGUUGGGCCCCACGGAAGCCUCUUACUACUGGGUGUACUGGGUUCCAACUCAAUAUGUGGAUGCAAUCAAAGACACUGUGCUGGGGAAAUGGCAGUAUUUUUGAAAGCACUUUCACCUCUGGCCCAGGAGACUGACCCAAAGUGAAGGACAUUGCUGGGAGAGGCCUGCAGCAUCCCUGGAUUUCAGAGUUCUGGAACUUUGUUCAAAAAAAAUCUAUAUCCAAUCUAAGGUGAUGUGGUGACUGAAGCCAGAGGUGAUGUACUUUCACCAUUAGCUUAAUUUUAACUUAAAAUCACCGGUUCCCUUUCUUGCAGUCAGCUUCAUACCAUUUUUAAAAGUCAAUAUGGUGGAAAUCAAUAAAUCUGAAUUCUGAA